AUGGCGAAGCAAGCCUCUCCACUCAACUUCCUCAUUGUGACCUUUGUCGCCUUGGGGAGUUUCACCUAUGGCUUCAAUUCCGCGAUUAUGGGAGUGGUGAUCGGACUACCAGAGUUCUUCAAGUACUUUGGCAUCAGCCUCGAAGACGAUGUUGGGAACUCUAUUACUGGAGCUACCAAUGGCCUCUACUCUGGAGGCGGUGUUGUCGGGUGCUUGUUUGUCCCGUGGCUCCUUGAGAAACUGGGGCGCAAAAGGACUCUGCAAAUUGGAUCCCUUGUCGCCAUCACAUCGGCUGGGUUACAGUCAGGAAGUGUGCACAUUGCCAUGUUUCUCCUUGCGCGUUUUCUGAACGGCGUCUCGGUGGGCAUGCUAAAUACUUCCAUUCCCGUGUUCCAGUCCGAAGUGUCCCCUGCUGAGAGCCGAGGACGAAUGGUGGGGACUCAUGGAGUCCUGAUUGUAUCAGGUUACAGCAUGGCUGGGUUUGUUGGCUUUGGAACAUACUAUGCCGAGCCUACGGUGGGCUGGCGGUUGUGUUUAGCCAUUCAAAUUGUUGCACCUCUCCUUUUGUGUUUGGGAUCUCAUUGGCUGCCCGAGUCACCCCGCUGGCUCAUCAGCCAGGACAGAGUAAAAGAAGGGCAGGAAGUGCUACAACUCUUACACGGCGAUGCGAACGAUCCGACCAGUAACGCGCCUGAAAUUGAGUUCAAUCAAAUUCUGGAACAACACCAUCUUGAGAUAGCAGGUAAUGCCCCUCGAUCUCUCGUGGGCAUGAUGAAGAAGAAGAGUUACCGCAAACGAUUGCUCUUCGGGUUCGCGGUACAGGUGAUUGCCCAAAGCACUGGAGUGCUCGUCGUGAAUAAUUACCAGGUCCUUUUGUACAAAGGGCUCGGUAUCUCCGGAUCCCUUCCUCUGGCGCUGAAUGGUUGCUACAAUGGCUUGGCGGCAUUUAUGAACUGGAUCAACUCGCUCAUCAUGGACCGAGUUGGCCGAAUCCGCAUAAUGGUAAUUGGACUGUGUGGUUGUGCAAUAGCCCUAAGCUGUUUCACCGCCAUGGUCGCCGAGUUUGGGGGAACAUCGAAUCGCGUUGGCAACGGAUUUGGAGUCUUCUUCCUCUUCCUCUUCGUAUUCUUCUAUGGUGCGACAAUGGACGCUACAUCCUACGUCUACUGCUCAGAGAUCUUUCCGACGCCGGUUCGGGCUAUUGGCACCGGGUUCAGUGUCUCGGGACUUUUCUCUGCUACUUUAGUCUAUACUCAGGUUGCGCCGAUUGCUUUUGCGCAGAUCGGGUGGCGGUACUACUUGGUCUUCAUUACCUUACCGCUGGUGGGGGCGAUAUGCCUCUGGAAGUUCUUCCCAGAAACAAAGAGGCUCACCCUAGAAGAGAUAGCAGGGGCCUUUGGAGACGAUGUACCCGCCAUUAGAUCCAGGCGAGACGAGAUUGAUGGUACUCCUGCUUGGAAAGGCGCGGAUGAGUUACAACCUGGUCACCGAAUCGACUCUAAGGGGAAUGACAAAGAACCUGGUGUGGGAACUGCCCAGCAUUACGAAGUUUGA